UCAUGACGUGUACUUUGACAGCUGGCAUAAAUUCCAAGUUUAUUUUUUUGUUCAAUAAAAAUGUUUUCAUUCCAAUAAAAAUAAAUCAAAUAUUAAUAGAUUUUGUCAAUAAUUCUAAAUAAAAAUUGUAAAAUUACAAGGAACCGAAAGGCUGCAGUAUGCUGACAUUAAGAGAAAGACAAAUAAAUGCUAUUAAGCAAAUGCUUAAUUUAAAUGCCCAACAGCCAAAAGUACUGGCGGCUGAACCGGUAUGGAAAAUCUUGAUCUAUGAUCGCGUAGGUCAGGAUAUAAUAUCACCCAUAAUUUCAAUAAAGGAACUAAGAGAGUUGGGGGUGACGCUGCAUGUGCAGCUACAUUCUGAUCGUGAUUCCAUACCCGAUGUUCCGGCAAUAUAUUUUUGCAUGCCCACAGAGGAGAACUUGGAUCGCAUACAACAAGAUUUUCAAAAUGGCCUUUAUGAUAUAUAUCAUUUGAAUUUUCUGGCACCGAUUUCAAGACAAAAAAUCGAAGACUUGGCUGCCAGUGCCCUGCAAGCCGGCUGUGUGGCCAACAUACACCGAGUUUAUGAUCAAUAUGUGAAUUUUAUCAGUUUAGAAGAUGAUUUCUUUAUACUGAAACAUCAAAAAUCUGAUCAGCUGUCAUACUAUUCAAUUAAUCGUGCCAAUACACGGGACGAUGAAAUGGAAACGCUAAUGGAUUCAAUUGUUGACUCAUUGUUUGCCGUCUUUGUAACGUUGGGCAAUGUUCCAAUUAUACGCUGUCCCCGCAAUACUGCCGCUGAAAUGGUUGCUCGAAAAUUGGAAAAGAAGCUGCGAGAAAAUCUCUGGGAUGCACGUUCAAAUCUAUUCCAUAUGGAUGCCACACAAGCCGGUGGUGGUGUAUUUAGCUUUCAACGACCCGUAUUAUUGUUACUUGAUCGUAACAUGGAUCUGGCUACGCCACUGCAUCACACAUGGUCGUACCAGGCUUUGGUACAUGAUGUUUUAGAUUUGGGUUUGAAUUUGGUCUAUGUGGAGGAUGAUCAACCAGCUGGAGGCACCCGCAAAAAACCCAAACCAUGUGAUUUAGAUCGUAAUGAUCGUUUCUGGGCUAAUCACAAGGGCAGCCCAUUUCCAACCGUUGCCGAGGCUAUUCAAGAAGAACUAGAAUCGUAUCGCAGUUCUGAGGAGGAAAUCAAACGUCUGAAAACCUCAAUGGGUAUUGAUGGUGAAGCUGAGGUGGCAUUCUCAAUGGUCAAUGAUGCUACGGCACGUCUCACGAAUGCUGUCAAUUCAUUGCCACAAUUAAUGGAGAAGAAACGUCUCAUCGAUAUGCACACGAAAAUUGCCACGGCAAUUUUGAAUUGCAUUAAAUCUCGACGUUUGGAUUCUUUCUUUGAACUCGAAGAGAAAAUAAUGUCAAAGCAAACUUUAGAUAAACCACUGAUGGAUCUAUUAAAAGAUCCAGAAUUUGGUACACCUGAGGAUAAAUUGCGUUUGUUCAUUAUCUACUAUAUAUGUUCGCAAAAUGUUCCUGAUUUCGAGAUAGAACGCUUGAAGGAGGUACUGCAGGAGAACGGUUGUGAUUUGUCAUCGUUGUCGUAUAUCCAACGUUGGAAGGCAAUUAUGAAUCGCACACCGAGUCUGAAUCAGGCUGCACAAUAUGAGGGUGGUGGCACCAAAACGGUAUCCAUGUUCUCCAAAUUGGUUUCACAGGGCUCAUCGUUUGUAAUGGAGGGCGUAAAGAAUUUGGUAGUUAAGAAACAUAAUCUUCCUGUAACGAAAAUCACUGAACAAGUAAUGGAAUGCCGUAGCAAUCCCGAAACCGAUGACUAUCUCUAUUUGGAUCCCAAGUUAUUAAAGGGUGGUGAUAUUAUGCCCAAAAAUCGUGCCCCCUUCCAGGAUGCUGUGGUGUUUGUUGUCGGCGGCGGCAAUUACAUUGAGUACCAGAAUUUAGUGGAUUUUAUACGACAAAAACAAACAGCCAAUGUUAGUAAACGUAUUGUCUAUGGUUCAUCGACAUUGACAAAUGCCCAGCAAUUCUUAAAAGAACUCUCGGCCUUGGGUCGGGAAAUUCAAGGUCCAGUUUUAAGUUAGGAUCUUGUCGGAGUUUUGGAUAUUUUCCGUUUCAAAUGCUGUUGAACAGUGUGUGUGUGUGGGGCACGAGCCAAUGAUAAUAGGCAAUAUUUUUACGAAAUAAAAUAAAGUAAAAAAACGAAUCGAUAAUGAAACCUUCUUGCUUUUAAUUUAGACAUAAAAAGACUAAUGCGCCUUUGGUUUAGAUUUCUGUUCAUUAACUAUAUUUAAUUGAAGAAAAAACUGGUAUAUUAUAAUUAUAUUUUAUAAUUAAAAAAUGAUAAAUAAAAGAAAAAUCCUA